CUCGGCUUCGAGUGCUUCUAGGUAGCAAAGUAAACCUUGAGAUGAGCCUUAAGAGGUCGGAUGAGCCUCGGGGAUUUGGAUAUAAAAGGGGGACGUCGUACACAAGUUUGUUGAGGAGAUGGAACAGACAGCACACAGCAUCUUCACAGCUUCCUUUGCUUUGAACUCGGCAUUCCUAGAACUUUAUCAUUGCAUUGUUCCUCAUUCUCAUACCAUCAAGCCCAACCACUUCUUCUAUUUCUUCAAGUUUCACAUACACAAUGGCCUGCCCCCUUCAGUCCACUCGCGCCUGCAAUAUGGCACCUCCCCAGAAGGACUCCAGUCCCAUCGUUCGUCCAGACAUUGACUGGAUUCCCUCUUAUAAAGUCUUCAAGGAGCGUGUACAACGCUUAGCAGCACUGAACCUCAAUCGUCCCACCACUCUUCCCGCCGGAUGGCCUUCAAAGAUCACAUCCGAACGUGUCUGGUCUGGGUCUGACUUCAAGUCGGAGGACGACUAUGUGGUCAAGCUUAGCCAAGAGGAUAUUGCCGAGAUUGAGAGUGCUCUGGAGUAUUUUAAGGCUCUUGACCUCGGCCCUGACGAUGUCUCCAAGGACAACUUCCCUCUUCCCAACCUAGGCUCCAAGCUCGAGGAAGUCGCAGACAUCAUCCACAACGGCCGUGGCUUCGUCAUCCUCCGCGGUCUCGAGCCAGACAAGUACUCAAGCGUGGACAACAUCCUCCUCUACCUCGGCGUCACCAGCUACAUUGCCGAAACCCGCGGGAUGCAGGACUUUGACGGGCGGAUGAUCCUCCACAUCCAGGCCGUCCGCAAAGAAAGCGACGUCGCCCAACACGGCAGCAUGCCCAACUCGCCCUACGUCAACCGCGCCCAGCCCUUCCACACCGACCUCUGCGACGUCCUGUCGCUCUACGCUUUGGGGGUAGCCGCCUACGGCGGCGAAUCCUUCCUGGCCUCGUCGGCCACCAUCUACAACGAGAUUGCGCGCCUGCGGCCGGACGUCAUCCAUGUUUUGGCCAAGGAUGACUGGCCGUUUGACGAGUUUUACAAGAACCAGUAUCACACGCGGCCGCUGCUUUACAACUUCUCCAGCAGCGAUGGAAAGCAGGAGCAUGGCCCAGGCUUCCAAUUCUCCCGCCGCCCCCUCACAGGCGCGCACUUCUCGCCUCACCACCCCCUCGUCCCGGCCAUGAGCGAGGUGCAAGCCGAGGCUUUGGAUAUGGUUUACUUCUUGGCGAAAGAACACGCGCUGGAGAUCCAGCUGCAAAAGGGGGAUAUGCAGAUCUUCAACAACUUUGCCAUGUUGCAUGCUAGAAGCAGCUUUGUGGAUGAAGGUGAACACAAGAGACAUAUGCUGAGGUUGUGGUUGAGGAAUGAGCAGAAGAUGUGGAGGGCAGAACCAAAGAGCGAGGGGCUGGAGAAGGUCGGUCGGGAGGUGUAUGAGUGGGAGAAGGAGGAGUGGAGGAGAGAGGUGGGGACCAAGUGGGAUAUUGAGCAGAGUCCGCCUGAGUUGAGGGUGGAUUUUAAGAGGGCUAGUUGUGCUUGAGUGAUGAGAGUCGAAUCGGUGUAAGAAUGAGGGGAGGCAUAUUGUUUGAGGUGCAGUUGCUAUUGUAACUAUGCCUGGGUUUCGAGGGGAUUUUUGGGUUUUGUUUUGCCCGCUUGGGAUGGCUUUUUGUUGGUCCAGUCUGCUUAGACUCAGCUGAGUGUUUUGGAGGUAUUUGGGUUCAUGUUUCUAUUUUUGGGGCUUGUUGAGCGGCAUCUUGCUUUUGAGACUGUAAACCUUUGAAGACGGACAAUUAAGACUUCGGUUUUAG